AUGCCGGAUGUGCUGUUCUCACAGCGCUCGGUUCGCAAAUCACUGCUCUCCCUGGACAUCCAGAAGUCGAGUGGGCCUGACGGAAUCCCCCCAAUUGUGCUAAGGACGUGUGCUCCGGAGUUGGCACCGGUCCUAACGCGUCUUUUCCGGUACUCCUACUCCCAAGGCGUAGUCCCGAAUUCAUGGAAGACAGCUUUUGUCCACCCGAUCCCUAAAAAAGGCGACCGCUCAGACCCAUCCAACUAUAGGCCUAUCGCGAUCACCUCCUUGUUCUCCAAAAUAAUGGAAUCCAUUAUUAACUGCCAGCUCAUCCGGUACCUUGAGGAUCACCAGCUGAUUAGUGACCGCCAAUACGGUUUUCGUCGGGGUCGAUCAGCUGGUGAUCUUCUGGUCUACCUGACCCAUAGAUGGGCGGAGGCAGUAGAGUCCAAGGGGGAGGCGUUGGCCGUUAGUCUGGACAUUGCGAAGGCCUUCGAUCGGGUUUGGCACAAAGCGCUUCUUUUGAAGCUCCCUUCCUAUGGGCUUCCCGAGAAAUUGUGCAAUUGGAUCACCAGCUUCCUUGUAGAUCGGAGCAUCAAGGUCGUUGUAGACGGUGCAUGCUCUGACUACAAGCCUAUUAACGCUGGUGUUCCACAAGGCUGUGUGCUAUCACCAACGCUGUUUCUUCUGCAUAUCAAUGAUAUGUUGCUAACUGGUAACAUUCAUUGCUAUGCGGAUGACAGCACUGGUGAUGCUCUAUACACCGGCCGUGCCAAUAUUUCUCGGGAAAACGUCACUGAGUACCGGAACUAA